AUGUCGAAAACACUGCCGAAAGGGCUCUAUACCCCCCUCCCCGUCUUUUUUAACGCCGAAGAUGAAAUAGAUGUUACUGCGCCAGGAAUUUUACCUGUUGUUUCGGCUAGCAUGGGAGAGGCAGUACACUUGACGCCGCAAGAGCGUAUCAAGUUAAUACAGACACUCCGAAGUGCCCUCAACUCAAUUGAUCUUCAAAACACUCCAAUUGUCGUUGGAGUCGGUGGAAACAGCACUCGCGAGACAAUUCAGCUGGCUCGUGAUGCUGCCGCAGCAGGUGCGGACUUUGCUCUUGUUAUCGCUCCGGGAUAUUGGGCCGGUUACCUUAAAGGAAACCCAGCAGCAACUAAAAGUUUUUUUGUCGAUGUUGCUGCUGGAUCCCCGAUUCCAGUAGUUAUCUACAAUUUCCCUCCCGUGGCCGCAGGAAUUGAUUUGGAAAGUGAUGACGUGGCUGAAAUUGCACGGCUUGCACCAAACAUCUGCGGUAUCAUGCUAUCGUGUGGCAAUGUUGGUAAGCUGGCAAGAGUUGCAGCCUUGCUCGAUGGCACUUCUUUUACAACAUUGGCUGGCCUAAUCGAUUUCCUCCUCCCCUCUGUGGUCGUCGGCUCCGCUGGUGCUAUUAGCCCGCUGCCCAAUAUUGCACCGAAAUUCUCAAUGAAAUUGUGGGAAUUAACGCAGAGUCUUCAAAGCAAGGCAGAUCUCGAGGCAGCACAAAAGGUUCAGGGCAUUGCUUCUCUAGCAGAGUCUGCUUUAUUGAAGAGCGGAGUUCCUGGCUUGAAAGGCUUGCUGAGCAAGCAGUUUGGAUAUCCCGCGACACCAAGAUUGCCGCUACUGGCCCAGAGCGAUGUGGCUACAUUGUCCCAAAAUAAAUACAUAAGCAAUGUUUUAGCAUUAGAGAAGACGUCAUAG